AUGUCGACUGUCCCUGCUGCUUUAGCGCCUGAGCUAGCUCACAGUAGUACGACUAGUACCCCCAAUAUUACUGCCACUCUCGACGUAAUUACUCGACGUGUAGCUAAUUUUUCCCCGAGCGUUUGGGGUGAUCAUUUUCUUUCAUAUUCUUCCAUGGAAGCGGCAGAUGGUAAAAGCAAGAAACAUGUCCACGACUUGAAGGAAGAACUGAAGAGAAUGAUAUUGGCUCCAGCGGAAAGGCCUUCACAGAAAUUGCACUUCAUCAACAACAUUCAGCGCUUGGGUGUCUCAUACCAUUUCCAAAAUGAGAUUGACAAAAUUUUGGAGCAAGUUCACCGAGAAGAAGAUGAUGAUGAUGCUGAUCUUUGCACCACUGCCCUAAAGUUUCGAUUGCUUAGACAACAAGGUUAUAACGCUUCAUGCAAUAUGUUUAACAAGCUCAAAGAUGAUGAUGGAAAAUUUAAAGAAUCGGAUAUUAAUGAUGUAGUUGGCCUGUUAAGCUUGUAUGAAGCCUCCCAUCUUUUGGUGCCCGGGGAGGAUGCACUAAUGGAGGCACUAACCUUCUGCACAACUCAUCUCGAGUCCGCAGCGCACCGCUUAAUUCCAUCAUCUCAGCUUUCCAAACAAGUAACUCAUGCCUUGUAUCAGCCACUUUGGAAGGGCAUGCCAAGGAUUGAAGCGAGGCAUUACCUGUCUGUUUACCAAGAAGAUGAAUCAAAUAAUGAAACUCUCCUGAAUUUUGCAAAGUUGGAUUUCAACUUUGUGCAGAAAGUCCAUCAGAAAGAACUAAGCGAAAUUACGAGGUGGUGGAAGGACUUGGACUUUGCAACCAAGCUACCCUUUGCAAGAGACAGAGUAGUUGAGGCUUAUUUUUGGGCUCUGGGAGUCUACUUUGAGCCGGAAUAUUACUUUGCCAGGAUGAUAUCAGCUAAAGCUACUUCUAUAAUUACAGUCAUUGACGACAUAUAUGAUGUGCACGGCACGUAUGAAGAACUGAAGAGCUUUACUGAAGCUAUUGAGAGGUGGGACAUUUCUGCUGUUGAUCAACUGCCAGAUUAUAUGAAAGUUUGUUAUACAGCUCUGUUGAAUUUCUUCACCGAGAUUGAAGAAAGUUUAGCAAACAAGGGAAUCUCAUACCGGCUCCACUAUGCGAGAGAAGGAUUUAAAGUUCAAGUAAGAGCCUACUUCCAGGAAGCAAAAUGGUUCAAACAAAAGUACACACCAACACUGGAAGAGUAUAUGUCUGUGGAACGCUAUACAUCCUUCUUCAUGGUAGCAAUAGUGUCAUUUGUUGGAUUGGGAGCUAUUGUUACUGAAGACUCCAUGGAUUGGGUUUUCAGUGAACCUAAGAUUUUAAAAGCCACAUCUAUAAUUGGCAGACUCAUGAAUGACCUUGUAGGCCACAAGUUUGAGCAAAAGAGAGAACAUAAUGCUUCAGCCAUUGAAUGCUACAUGAAGCAAUAUGGUGCCACAGAAGAAGAAGCAGAAGUUGAGCUAACGAAACAAGUGAAUGAAGCUUGGAAAGACAUAAACGAAGAGUGGCUCGAGGCCACACCUAUCCCUAGGCUGCUACUCUCUCUGAUUUUGAACUUUGCACGUACUAGUGAACUGCUGUACAAGGGUGAAGAUGUGUAUACUCAUUCUGGAAAUGUGCUCAAGGGUUACGUUGCUUCCCUCUUUAUCGAAUCUGUGCCCAUGUAA